CCCAAAGCCUCCAUUUUCUCCCUUUUGUUUCCUUGAAAGCAUUCCAUAGAUAUACCAUCAUGAGGAGGAGGAGCUGAGUGAUUUUGCAAUCCACGAUGCCCAUCUGCAUCGAGUGCUCCUACCCCGUCUCGCAUUUGUACAGCACCUACAGCCGCGCCGAUGAUCGCUCUCUAGGCAAAGGUGUGCGCCUGACGCAAUGCCCGCGCUGUAAACGAUUCGCUGAUAAAUAUGUCGAGUAUGACUUUGUCGUGCUGUUCAUUGACCUGGUCCUGAUCAAGCCACAGGUCUACCGCCAUCUACUCUUCAACCGCCUCGAAGGAGACGAGCACCAGUUCGAUCCUUCUAUCAUCCGUCUCGGAGUCCUCCUCCUCCUGUUCGAUGUCUAUCUCACCUGGGCACGGAUCGAAAAGUCCCCGUCCUUGGAUAGUACCUUUCUCUCGCGCACUCCAAUCAUCAUCCAAUAUCUCUUCUUCCUAAGUCUCAAUGCCGUCGCGACUCUUGCCCACCACCUCACUGUGCGUCUCCUCGCCUCGAUUUUCGCGCCACCGCCUCCAUCCCAAAACAACACCUCCAAUACCACCCCGUCCGAAGUACCUGUCUUCUCCGUCCCCUCGACCCCAGUCCUUCCCGCAUUUCCCCAGGGACCCCAAUCCCCCGCUCCAAACACCUUGAGCCCUCCAGCGCUCACACCGCAGGGCUCGUCCCACGAUCUUCCCGGCGGAGCCAACGCCAACCUAUGCGCAAAUGACACCACCCCCCGGCCAAUCCCCCCUAGUCCCAGGGGCUCUUUCUCCGCCCUCCCGCCGCCGUUACGCCGUGCAUCUACAGCUCCAGCACAGAGCAUCCAGCCCCUCCCUCCCCCAUCCACGGCCAGCCCAACAGCGAUCAGCACCGCGUUGUUCGUGAGCAGUUGUGCAAAGCUCUUCCCCAUCCUCCUGGUGAUCUGGGGCCCAGACCUCAGCGGCGGCGGAAGCAGCCACCUCUCGGAGACAUCUAGUACAGGAAGCACGGGGGCCAGCGCAGCAAGCCAUCCGAAUACCGCCCAGAUAACUCUGCGGGGUGGUCCCGCGCCUGCUGUUCCAACCACACCGGGGCCAUCUUCAUCUGUUGUCUCUUCGUCGCUGCUCGCGGGGUUGGUCAAAGUCAUGCCCGCCGCUGUACCGACGACCUACCUGUCUAAUUUUGUGGAGUUGGCCGGCUCGCUGUUUACCCUGGGGGCGGCGGAUAUGCAUCUUGUCCUGUUGAGUAAUAUCGAAGCGUUGUAUAUUCUUCUCGGGUGUGGUUACCUGCGUGCUGCGGCGCUAGCGGUAGCGGGUCUUCUGGCGAGGUGGACGGUUCAAAGGGUGAUUUUGGGCGCUGUGGGUGUUGGUUAAUAUAUAGAGAGAGAGAGAGAGAGAGAAUUGAAUAGAGCUUUAUAUAUUUCUUAUGUAUAUACUCAAUCAUUCCCGAUUUACAUGUGAAAACCAAAUCGAGCAAUUCCUAAAAGAAGCCACGUAAUAGAAUAGAAAGACAAUUCUGAAACAAAAUGGAUAUAGAUAUAUUUCGAACAAAAAAAGAAAAAACGAAAAGAAAAAAGAAAAAAAAAAUUACUAUACAUAUGCAUAAUAGGUGAAGUAAUCGACUCCAUGCUCAUCCUCCUCUUC